AUGCUGCGUCUCUACGGAAGUAAUUUUGCCUUGAUGGGCAAAACGGCGCUCGAAACGGCGGUCCGAGCCGAAUCCACUGGCCACAUGUUCAAAAGUUGGUGAUUUUGGCUCGACAGCCAUAAAUUUAGGUAGCAAAAUAGCGGAUUUUCAGCGAAAGAGGAGAAAAAAGACGGUACGACGUACGUUUCGAUGGAAAGAGUGUCGGACGCGCUCGGACCACGAAAACCAGAUGAGCUGUGCUCGCUGUGCACGUGUAAUGUGCCCGUCAAACUCAGUUAUAAGUACGUUUUCAUGUUUUAAGGUGAAAAAUGCCAAGAAAUCGAUUUUUUGCAGAGACGUCCUCAUUUUGGAGCAAUUUAUGCGCGACGACGGCACCGUUUUGCCCCGGCAACUGACCGGGCUGUGCAAAAAACAGCAAUUGAGGGUCGAGAGGUGCGUUUGAAUGUUUUUUGCAAUUGUUCCCAUUAAAAAUACGCUUUUUUGUUUUUGCAGAUGUGUAAUUCAAGCCGUCUGGUCGGGAUUGUUCGGCGAAAAAUACGGAACAGAGGCGGAUCGUGCCGGAUAUAAGCGAUUCAAUCGAUACUGGAAGCACGACAUGUCCAUGUACCAGCUGGAAACCAAAGAAAGGCACGGCACCUGGUUCUACAUCAAACGGUAAGAAAAAAGUGGAAAAAAUGAGGAAUCUAAUCGAUGUUCUCUAAAUUUUCGGUUUUCUAAAUAUGCCAACAUCUUGUUUUGCAGGUACCCAACGAAAAACCAGGCAAUCUUCAAGAAUCCUCUCAAUUGA